AUGUCGAAUGACCAACACCAAGGAUUCACCACACUGCCCAUGCCUUUAGAACCACUCAAGGAAUACAACUACGAUCCUCUUCCUAAGGAUCACCAAAAGAUGAUCCUUUUGAAAAAUGUUGAUUAUUAUCAACCCGGUGUAUAUGCGGCUCAGCCAUUGGAUUCUUUGGACUCCUAUAUCAAUCCCGAGACGAGCGUCUAUACCCCGAUUCAAGUGAAACCACAAAUUGUUUCUGAAACUGCUGAGGAUGAAAAGCUCCAAUCAAAAGCGAUGGAGCCGCAAUUUGAUUUUAAUUCUGCUGAGGAUGAGGAGCUUCCACAAAAGCCCAUGAAGCCGCAAAUCGAUUUUGACGCAGUUAAGGAUGAAGAUCAAAACCCAACAGAAAAACCUGAACCAGCGCAACCAGCACUUAUCAGUGGAGGAAAAAGUUCGAGAUCAACCAAAAAACGAAACGCUUCAUCCAAAGACAUUAAACCUGCAAAAUUGGCAAAAAUCACCAAUAUCGUUAUCGAUGAGGAGGAGAAUAUUGAAGCUCUCGCUGCACCGUCCAAAAGCUGCCUUGCUGAUGUUAACGAUACUGACGAUUUUCCGUUGUGGUCCAUCGAGCCGGUCUGCGAAAACGGAAUUCGCUUAGAUUUUUUUGCGAGUGAGCCGAAUGCGGCAUCGGUUAUCAGGACAUUGUUUGAAAAGAUUUAUGAGCCGGUGCUGGCGACGCUCCGCAUGAAAAAACUCGAUUGGGAUAACGUCGGAGAACAUGAAAUUGGUCCAUUCUUGACAAUUUUUAACAACAAAGUAAAGUUCUUCCGAAGAAGGAACCCAAAGAAGGCACUCCUUUCAAAAGAAGACUGGCGCGUUGAAAAAGCGACACAAUUUCGGAUCAUCUGUGAGCUGGCGUGUCGCUUGGCCAUUCCAGACCAAACAGUGCUCAACAAGCAUUAUGGAAGCUUCAGUAAUGGGACCUACGGAGAAACAGAUUAUGAACAAUUCCAAUCAAUUCUUGAUCAGCUCAAAAUUAAAGAAGACGAUAUUUUCAUCGAUGUGGGUUCGGGAAUAGGACAAUUGGUCACUUUUGCUGCGGCAUAUUCAAAGUGUGCGAAUGUCAGCGGGAUCGAAAUCGAACAAGUUCCAGCUGACUUUGCCAGCGAAAAUGGCAUUCAGUUCGAGAGGCUGAUGAACCAUUUCGGUGAGCAGCCGAGGCCGUUCAAAUUGGAAAAAGGCGAUUUCAAGGAGAAUAAACAUGCAGAAUUCCUGAAGAACGAAGCAAAAGUAAUUUUUUGCAAUAAUUUUGCCUUCGAUCCAGACCUAAUGCUGGAGUUGAGAAAGAUCUUGGAGUCCUGUGGGUCUGGCACUAAGAUUGUGGUCACCAAAAAACUCGAGACCACACGGUCGGAAAACGGCCUAGCUCAUGAUUGCUUUUUUACUCAAAUGGCAGAAACGACUGCUUUGCAGUCAACUGGUACCGAGAAAAAACCCAAUGUUUCUUGGACCAUCAAGACAAUCGACUAUUUUUUGACGAUUAUGGAUCUUGAAAAACCAAUACGAGAAGCCGAAAUGAGAGCAAAAGAACAAAAAGAGCAUCGUUGGGCAAGACAAACUCGAUCGAAGAGGAGCAGAGCAGCAAAAAAUUGA